CUUUCAAAUGGUUUCAAAGGGCCUGUGUUAUGAAAAACCAGUAUCAUUUCUUCGAGAUGAGACAACAAGGCAAGUAUCUAGUAGCAGCCUUGGUCUGCAUCGCGCUUGCGGGCUAUGUCCAUGCCCAGAGUUCAGGCACUUAUGGGCCAUGUAGACAACUGUGCAAAGGGUUAAGUCUGAAUUGUGGAAAGACCUGCAAAGUAGACGAUCUAGCUGCUAUAGACGAGGCGUGUUUUCGAACCAACACAAAUGGAAUUGAGGACCUACCAGAGGAACAGAAAGUACCAAAACUGAGCAAGAUCUUAGAUUUGUGUAACAAGCCAGGUGCAGUCCAAGCGGAGAAAACACCUAAAAAAUGGAGAAUAAAGGGUCGGGGAGGGAAGAAACUGGUAUAUGGCCCCUGCAGGAUCAGAUGUACUCAAUUGAACUUGAGAAAGUGUUCAGCCAUUUGCAAGUUGAAUCCUGGGGAUACAAUUGACGUACCUUGCUUUAAACAAUGUGCAGCAGCUGUCCAAGUUAGAAACGGCCAAAGGGGCCUCCCUAAUUGUCUCCGACAAUGUAAAACUAGAGGCAUACGCCCAGUCAGAUGCGGAACCGCCACAAACCCAUGCUGUAGAUGGGGAAUUUGGAGCCAGUGGGUAAAAGAACCAUGUACCAGAACCUGCGGAGGUGGAACCAUUCGACAAACUAGAAGACGAGUGAAAUUGUUUGGGUCAAUAGGCGAGCCACAAUGUCAAGGGAAAGCUUUUGAAGUAUUUUCUGGUGUAUGCAACACACAACGCUGUAUAGUAACGUGUCCUCCCCUAACCGACCCGGCAAAUGGUAAGGUAGACGUACCAUGCUAUGAUCCUGGUUGCAUAGCAACUGUUACAUGUGAUGAAGGUUACAAACCAGACCCACGACAUGCUUCAAAAGUGAAAUGCAAACGAAAUGGAAAGUGGAACAA